AUGUAUAGAGUUUUGGUAGUGGAUGACAGUCAAACAUGUUUAUUUGUUGCGAAAGCUUGUCUUGAUAGAUGGAACUACUAUGAAGCAAGGGCGGUGACUCAUCCUGUACAAGUUCUGAGCAUACUCGAUGACGAGCAGAAGGAAAAACCAUAUGAUCUCGUCCUGGCCGAUGUACACAUGCCGGUCAUGAACGGCAUCGAACUCUUAGAUCGCAUCACUAAGAAAUUCAACAUCCCUGUUGUCCUGAUAUCAGCCGACGACAAGCCUGAGAUGGUGAGCAAGGGUCUUAUCAGCGGGGCACCUGCUUACUUGCUAAAGCCUAUAACGGUUGAUGCAGUGAGAUACCUCUGGCAUUACAGUGAACUGUGGAAGAACAAGGAAAGGGAAGCCUAUAAAAGAUUCACUCAAGCGAGCAUUCCAAGAAGCAUUUGCUCGUCAUCCUGCAGUUGUACUAAGGAUGCUGAGGUUAAGCUAAGGGAAAAGAAGGUUAAGGAACCUCUUUGGACCUCACAGCUCCACAGUCGCUUUGUGGAAGUUAUGUUGAUCCUCGGUCCUCGAGACUCUGUUCCAAAAAAUAUUCUGGAAAAGAUGAACGUGCAUUGGCUUACCCGGGAGCAAGUGGCCAGCCACCUGCAGGGUAUUAAUAUUAUAGGACUGACAUGUAAAACGCAGAAAUUUCGUAAGUAUUUGGCAAGCAUUCUGGAUGGGAGGACAAGUCUUGAAGAUUCUUCGAAGUACUGGAUUGAUUAUAAAUAUUACUCUACCAUUGUAAGGGGAAAUCCAAACCAGAUUUUGGUUAAUCAGCUCUUGGAGCAACGAAGGACUGGUAAGUCGGCAAAACCAAUUGAAGCUUCGGGACCCUUACCACCAUAUGAAGAAGCUGAAGAGGAUAUGUUGAUUCCCAACAAUUAUGCUUCUUCUUCCAAUGUAGCUUCACAUACACCAGUUACUCUAGAAAGUUUUGGCAAUGUCGCCAUGCCUACACUUCAGCAGGGGGGUGUCACUAGUCAAAGUGGUGAUGUGAAUGUAGCUAUGCCUACAGCUGAACACUGUGACCUUACAUAUUUUCUAGGUGCUGGUAAUUUGAAGCUGAAGAAUGUGGUUGAGAGCAGCAGUGCUUACAAUGAUAUAAUGCAGAAUCUGAACAAUGAGGCUAAUCAGACUAGUCACUAUAAUCAAAUUACUGUGGUGCCACCGCAGGACAACUAUCUGGCAAAUACUACUCUGCAGAUUGGAAAUGUACAAGUUGAUCAUGAUGCAAUUUUUCAAAGUUCAUUUGGCGCCAAUCAAUCUGAAAUCACCUUCGGAGUGAAUGAACAGUUGGCAAACACACAAUUUGGCCCAACCAUUGCCACUUCUUUUGAUGCAAAUCAGCUUGGAGAUCCAUUAUGGGCAAAUCAACAGUUGGGAGACUUCCAGCUUGAUCCGAGCAUUGGCAAUUUCUUUGGCGGUCCAAGUGAGUUUGGAAAUAUGGCGGCUUUGGUUCAAUUUGGUGGUGGAGCAAAAUUUGCUGAUGGAGGCUGGGUGGAUGACAACCAAACUGAACUAAAUCAUAUCCCACCAGCCGCAGAUAACCCUAUGUUGGACAUUAACCCAAACCUCAACCAAAACCAGGGUGAAGAUUGGGAUGACUUCUUGAGGAACUUGGGAAAAGACUGA